CCCGAUAACGAUAACUGAUAAGCCAUAUUUCCUACAUAUUUUCAAUAGAGUAAUCUCCGAUAUUUUCAUUACUACGAUCAGAACAAUCGUCAUAUUAAACUUAAGGUCAGACAAUCUAGCUGAAUCUUUUAUUAAGAAUGUUCAAAAGACUAAAAGGAUCCAUUGGAAAAAACGAUGAACCAAAAACACCAAAUUCUUUACCACAAAAUCGCCCAACUUGGAGUGGCUUUUCUACAAUAUCUCCACUGAAUCCAGAAAUGGAAGAUUCUCAAUUUUGUAUCAAUGAUGACAUUGAAGAAACUCCUAAGAAUUCACCAGCUCGUGUUGCCGUCAGUGAAAGUACUACUGUUGAUCUCGGUAAAUUCAGCCAAUCUUCCUCAUCACUAGCGAAUGAUCAUCUUUCAUUUCAUACCGAUAUUGAAUCAGCAAGUGAAAUAGAUGAUAGUGUAAGUGUUGUGUCUGAGUAUGCAAAUGAAAUUACAAAGGAAAAUUUGUAUGCCGCUUAUAAAAAACUUCACGGUCGCUACCAUAAACAUAAAUUUAAGUAUACUGAAUUAGCUGAUAAAUUCAAACAGACAGUUACCAUACAUGAUAAAGAUAAAAUUACUAUGACAAAGGCUCAAGAUAAACUACUUCAAAGAAUUGCAGAGCUUAAAGAACAGUGUACUUUGGAACAAGCUGCCAAGGCCCAUAUGGAAGAUGCAUUAAGAAAUGAUAUAGAAGAAAGAGAUCAUAUUAUAUCUACUCUUAAUACCAAAAUUGAUUUGUUGAGGAAAAAUAGUUCUGACGAGUGUGAAUCAUCUUCUGUUACAUCUGUUGAUUUAUUGGCUAAGUGUGAACGAUUGAAUGAUGAAUUAUCCUCAACAAAAUCAGAGUGUGCAUCACUAGAAAACCAAAUUGAGUUGUUGAAAAAAAGCGAAGAAAUCACUUUGUUAAGUUUAGCAGAAAAUAAAAUGGCAAUCCAUAAAGAACUUGAAACCAAAGAAGACCAAAUAAAAAAAUUAGAGAAAACCAUAAAUGGACUACAAAUGGAAAAUCAAAUAUUAUUAAAAGAAAAAGCUAGUCAUUUGUCUACAAAUUCAUAUCAGAUAAAUAUUAACCAGAAUGUUCAAGAAGAAAUAACUAAGCAACUUAAUGAGCUAGAAGGUGAAAUGUCUUCAGCAUUUGAGUUUAAAGAAAAUGAAGUGAAAGAGCUGAAGAAUCAAUUAAAAGCUCUUGAACAACGUUGUGAAGUACAAGAACAAAAAAAUAUUUCAAUGGAGGAAGUUAUGAAGAAUAACGAAAACAAUUAUAAAUCAAUUAUCUCUAGUUUAGAACAAAGUUUGAAUGAGGAUAAGAUUUCAUCUUCAAAGAAAAUUGAUGCAUUUUUAAAAGAAAUUGGGGAAAAAUCACAGGUCAUUAAAAAUUUAACUGUUAAACUAAAAGAAAUGGAGAAACUUAAACAAGAUUAUGAAAAAAAUAAAAAUGAAAUACAAGAUUUGAAAAAUCAAGUUCUUCAAUCUAAAAAACUAGUCAAAGAAAAUGAAUUAAUUCGUGUAGAUGAACAGAAUAGAUGUAUAGAAGAAUUAAAACUGAAAUCAGAAGAAAUUUCUCAUUUAAAAGAUAAAUUAAAAUUACUUCAACAUACGUUUAAAGAGAAUGAAAAAAAAAACUUAGAUCUUCAAACUCAUAUUGAUGAAAUUAAUUUUAAAAAUAAAAGCCUAAAUGAAUCUGAAGAAGAAUUAAAGAUGACAAUUUUUAAUUACAAAAAAUCCAAUGAUGAAUUACAAGAUACUAUUAAAUUGUUACAAAAAGAAAAAGAAAUUGCUAUCGAUACAAUGAAAACAAAAAUGGAUGAAAAUCAAUUCGAAAUUGAGAAGUUAAACAACUUAAAUAAAGAAAUGUUGUGUCAAUUAAAUCAAGAUAAAUUAAUUAAAAUUUCUGAAGAACGCAGCAUUGAGUCUGUAAUUAAAGAUUAUAAUCUCCUAACAGAAGAAAAUGCUUAUUUGAAAAAAGAACGACAAAAAAUGCUUCAGACCUUCCAAGAUAUGCUAAAAAAUAUUAAAGUUGACUUUGGAAAUCUUAAGUCAUUUGCAGAAGAGCAAUUGACAGAGUGUUCAUUGAUAUUUGUGAAACAUAUAAAACAUUUGAAGGCUGAGUACUCAUCUAAAAUUAAACUGUACCAUAAUAAUAUGACUGAAACAAAACGAAAGUUAGAAGUAAUUAAAAGUGCAUAUUUGAUAUUAAAAUCUGACUGUGUUCAGAGUCUAGAUAGUUUUAAAAUUGAAAUUGAAAAAUAUAAUGAAGGUGUACUGCUUCUAAUAUCUCAAAAUAAUAAUGAAUUAGAAAAAAGGAAAAUAGAUUUACUGAGACUUCAAGAAGAAAUUGAAAGCUAUAAGAAGAGUGAACACCGCUCAGUGAAAGCAGAAGUGAAAGAAACUAUACAAGAGUUACAAGAAUGCAUUGAAGUACAAAAAAAAACAUAUACAGAUCUACAGGAUGAGUAUUCUAAUUACCAAGUGAAUGAAAAGAAAAAAUGGACGGAUAAGUUAAUAGAAACUGAAAAUAAGUGGUUGGAGAAAAUGGACAAUUAUAAAAAAAUGAUGGAUACAGAGCACAGAGAAGAAGUAGAAGCUUUAACUAACGAAUGGACUAAUGAACAAAAACAUAAUGCGUUUACAUUAAUGACUGCUGAUAGUAAAAAUGAAGAGACUCUUGAAAAAAUUAUUCAAGAUGUUGAGACCACAUCACAACGAGAAGAAGCUCUUCAGCGUCAAAUAACCAAACUCAAUAAAGAACUCUCUGAAUUAAAAAAAAUGUACAGAAAUGAAAUUCAUAAUAAACAUAGAAAUAAUGAAGGAGAUGAUAAUGAUGAUGAUAAUAAUAAAGAUGGAUGUGAAAUGGAAUAUUUAAGAAAUAUUUUAUACGAGUAUAUGAUGGGGAAACAACCUAUGGUAUUGGCUAAAGUAUUAGCUGCUAUAGUGAAAUUUGACUCUAACCAGUUAAGUACAAUACUACAAAAAGAAGAACAAAAAGUUUCUUUGUUAAAAACCUUAGGACUGUGAUAUUAACUGUCCAGAAGCAAAUCAUAAUUGUUAUAUUGUCAUCUCAACCGUUACUUCACUACACUAGCAUCAUUCCAAACAUAAUUUUUCAUAAGCAAUUUUUAUCAUAGUGCAAUUAUUUUAUAGCAAUUUAAAAUUUUAAUUUGUAUUAUUUAUCUUGUAAUCUUGUAUUGUUACUAAAAUAGGUUAAUUAUAUUAUGUUAUUAUUAACAUAUUGUUUAUUAUACGUUAGGUCAUUUUAAUAUUAUAUUCAUAGGCAAAACUGUGGGUCAUCUAUCUAAGUUAAGCCUGACCUCAUGCACCGGUAGAACCUUUGAAUACAUAUUGAGGCCUGAGGGGUAUAAAUUUAACAAAAUGUAUUACUCAUACUUUGUCCAGCGAGAGAGUUUUGCGCAUCCCUCUGCGUCAUCACGCUCAUAGAACCGGUUCACCUAAGGUAGUGUGUUGCGUACUUGCGUGGAGAAACCAGGUUUGGUUGGUGCACAGCGCAUUUUCUCGCUGGACAGAGUAUAUAUACAAAAAAAUAUAUUUCAGUACAAUGUCUAUCUAUAUGAGUGGGUAAUACCUCUUAAGUAAUGUAAGGUAAUAUUACCAGGCCUUGGUAAUAUUCUUAGAAUUUAAUUAUCUCAAAACAAAUACAGAAAGAGAGAUUUUUGUUGUGCAGAAAACAAUUUUGGUAUAUUUUGGCAUGACCAAAAAAAAGUCUAGUUUUGCCUAUGCUUCUAUUAUUUAUUUUGUUAUUUAUUUUUAAUAUACAAACAAUAUCAAACA